AUGACGUUAAAUUGGAACUUGACCAGUCUCUGUGGCGACGAAGGCCUAGAAAUAUGGAACGCCCAACGUCACGACCUCGGUCUCUGUUUCCAGCAACUAGUCCUGGACAUUCCGAUUUUGGGCCUCUUAGCUAUUUUCUCCAGCUACUACUUGGGGCGCAGCGACGGGACAGUAGCCAGAGGCCGGCCUCAGUUAAUCGCUAUCAAUAUUCGUUGUUUUUUGACAAUUUUGCUAGCGCUUUUACCGUUGGUGCAAAUUUACGUGUUUCGUUUUCGAACUUUGGAAAUCAUUCCGAAGGUGGCGUAUUUUUUGAGCGCCGUGCAAGGGUUCGCGUGGUUCGUGCACUUUUUUUACAAUUUAAGUUUGCGGCGGAAAUUCGGGAAAAGUCCCAGAGGGCCGACGAUCAUUUGCGUUCUUUGGUCGUCCAUUUUUGUGUUGACUGUGAUUUCUUUACGGAGCCAUUUGUUGAUAUUGAAAACUACAGCGGUUCCAGUUUUUAGUCAGUAUUUGGCUUACGGAAUGAGCCUUUGCUAUCUUAUUUUACAAAUUUUUUAUGCUUUGUCUCUUUUACCAGGAGAAGGAGAGACUAGAUUGUUGAACUUCAAUAAUAGUUACGUUGAGAUUAGCGGUGAAAAUCAACCACUGUUAGGUACCAACGCCUACGUUCGUUUCAGCGAAGAAGGCGAUCCAACUUAUCUGGGCGUAGCCCUGGAAAACACCACGUGGCUUUCAAAACUUUUAUUCUCCUGGGUAGAGCCCUUGAUGCUCAAAGGUUCCGAAGGGCAAUUGAAAAGUAGUGACGACCUCUACGACUUACCUGUGUCGUUAAACUGUGCGACGGUAAGCGGCGAACUGGACCGAGCCCUAUACGAACAAAAACACCCCAUCCAAGAACUUCAACCAAUCACAGAACAUGUCCGAAAUGUUUCAGCCAAUAACAGUGACUUUUUCUUGCUCAAGGCCCUACACAAAGUAUUUUGGUUGGAAUUUUAUAGUGUGGGAAUUUUGAAGCUUGUAGCUGACUUGGCAGGAUUCGGUGGUCCGAUGCUGCUCAAUAAAUUGAUUAACUUUAUAGAAACCAAAGAAGAAGAAAUCUCGUGGGGUUACUUGUACGCAUGCGGACUUAUGGCUACCACUCUUGUGACUUCCCUUUGCGACUGUCACUUUAAUUUUUUGAUUUCCAAAGUUACUUUUCGCAUGCGUAGUGCCAUAGUAACUAUGAUUUAUAAGAAAACUUUGAGUGUGAACAGCGCAGAACUCAACGGUCGAUUUUCGGUGGGGGAAAUUGUCAAUUUUAUGUCCACAGAUUGUGACAGGAUUGUCAAUUCUUGUCCGAGUUUUCAUGCGCUAUGGAGUAUACCUUUUCAACUCGCUGUCACCCUCUACCUACUCUACAGUCAAGUAGGCCUGGCCUUUGUAGCCGGCCUACUGUUCAGCAUAGUCCUGAUACCGAUCAACAAACUAAUUGCCAACAAAAUAGGCCAACUAAGCACAAAACUAAUGGAGCAUAAAGAUUCCCGUGUAAAAAUCAUUACAGAGGUAUUACGGGGAAUUAGAAGCAUCAAGUUGCACGUAUGGGAAGAUCAUUUCUUACGGCAAAUAUCCCGAACCAGAAGUCAAGAGUUGAAAUAUUUGAAAGGACGCAAAUACUUGGACGCGUUGUGCGUAUACUUUUGGGCCACAACUCCUGUAGUCAUUUGUAUAUUGACGUUUGUGACGUACGUGUUACUCGGUAACAAAUUGACUGCCGCUACCGUUUUCACCUCCGUAGCUCUAUUGAAUAUGCUCAUAGCUCCUCUUAACGCCUUCCCUUGGGUGCUAAAUGGGCUCACAGAGGCUUGGGUGAGCAUAAAGCGCAUCCAGAAGCUUUUGCAACUGGAAAAUUUAGACUUGAUUACGUAUUAUAAGCCGUUAGAGGAGGCGGACAUGUAUGACCUUGUAAUGGUGAAUGCUGGUUUUAAUUAUGGCAAAGAAUUAAGUGAUGAAGAACGAAGCAAUUUGCAUCAAAGACAGUCUCGGAAAGGAAAGGGACGAGGCAAAAAUCGGGGAGUUAACUUAAAUCCAGAUCAUCCAUUCGUUUUAAAAGGGCUUGAUCUGAAAAUUCGCAAGGGGGAAUUUAUUGGUGUUAUGGGUCCAGUAGGCUCUGGCAAAUCCUCAUUGCUCUCGGCCAUUCUAGCAGAACUAUCAAUUAACACUGGAACAAUAUCGAUAUCUCAAGUUGACAGUGGUUUCGGUUACGUUACUCAACAACCUUGGUUGCAACGCGGUACCUUAAAGGACAAUGUGCUCUUUGGCAAGUCCUACGACGAAAGCAAAUAUCGUUCUGUAAUGUUUGCUUGCGGUUUAAUGGAGGAUAUCAACGUUUUACCUAAUGGUGAUAUGACGGGGGUUGGAGAAGGCGGAAUGACGUUGUCCGGAGGACAAAAGGCCCGAGUAGCUUUGGCCAGGGCUGUUUAUCAGGACAAAUGCGUCUAUUUGUUGGACGAUGUUUUGUCGGCAGUAGACCGCAAUGUUGCCAAACAUAUUUUUCAACAUUGUAUUUUGGGCUUGUUGAAAGAGAAGACGAAAAUUCUUUGCACUCAUCACGUGCAAUUUUUGGCGUAUGCUAAUAGGAUUUUUGUCAUGGAAGAUGGUUUGAUUAAAAGACAAGGUAAACCUUCUGAAGUCCUCCGCGACAUUGACAAUUCCCUAGUAAUCGACCUCGAGUUGGGCGAAAGCAUCCGAUCCGGCGACUCUUUACUUGACAGCGGCGCCUUUUCAACCCCGGAUUCAAUCAAAAACAAUGACAUUUUGUUGAAUGAAGAAGUGAGCGAAACUGGAAAUUUGAAAUUCAGCGUUUACGCUUCCUAUUGGUCAAGUAUAGGGCAUUUAUUAUGCUUAUCAAUACUGUUAUCGAUUGUAUCGAUGCAGAUUUCAAGAAAUAUGACGGAUUGGUGGCUAGCCGAAUGGGUUAGUAAUGACCAAACAAAAAAUGGUACCAAUAUUACAUUGUUAGAACCUAUUUUAAUGGCCAAUUUAGAAGACAGUAGUACCACACCGUUUUUAAAAAUCUACGUUGAAUUGGCUUUAGUUAAUUCAGUAUUAACUUUAAUAAGGGCUUUCUUGUUUGCCUACGGUGGUAUAGUGGCUGCUCAAAAGUUCCACAAGUACCUUUUAAAAUCAGUACUCAAAGGCAAAUCGCAUUUUUUCGAUAUCACUCCCGUAGGACGUCUUUUGAAUCGAUUCUCUAGUGAUACAUACACUAUUGAUGAUUCUUUACCGUUUAUUUUAAACCUCUUAUUGGCCCAAUUUUUUGGUUUAUUAGGUUCUCUUGGAAUAACAAUUUACGGUCUUCCAUGGAUUUGUAUGUUUCUAGUACCUCUGGUACCAGUUUACCAUUGGCUACAAAACUACUACAGACUGACUUCGCGCGAACUCAAACGUAUUUGUAGCGUCACCUUGUCGCCAGUCUACAGCCAUUUCAACGAAACCCUUCAAGGGCUAACUACCAUCAACGCCAUGAGAGCCAAUCAGCGAUUCAAAAGGGAAAACCAGCUAUACGUUGAUGCCAAUAUUAAGGCUCAAUUUGCUUCCCAAAUAGCUAUACGGUGGUUAGGAUUGAGGUUGCAAUUUAUCGGUGUUGCUAUUGUGAGCGGCGUGAGUUUUAUUGCUGUUGUACAACAUCAGUACGAUGUUGCCAAUGCAGGAUUUAUUGGUUUAGCCAUUUCUUACGCUUUAUCAGUAACGUCACUGUUAAGUGGUGUUGUCAACGCCUUUACAGAAACCGAACGUGAAAUGAUUGCUGUUGAGCGAGUCAAUCAAUAUGUUAACGAAAUUCCUUUGGAAACUUCACAUUUUAUUAUGGAACCUCCUUUUGGGUGGCCCACACAAGGAGUGAUUAGUUUUAGUAAUGUUUUUCUGAAAUAUCGUGAACAUCUAGCUCCAUCUUUGAAGCAUAUAACAUUCGAAACUCGCCCUUCGGAAAAAGUUGGAGUAGUUGGACGUACAGGAGCUGGCAAAAGCUCCCUAAUAUCGGCCCUUUUUAGACUGACAGAAAUUUGCAAGGGCGAUAUUUGUAUAGACUCGGUCAAUAUACAACGUAUGAGUUUGGCGAGUUUACGUUCGAGAUUGUUUUGCAUCCCCCAGGACCCAUUUUUGUUCAGUGGUACUCUUAAGGACAAUCUGGAUCCUUUGCAAGAGUUCAGGGAGCAGGACAUUUGGAGUGCCUUGUCGAAGGUUAACUUGGAGGUCACCUUGAAAAAUCUUGGAGGGCUGAGCAAAAUCGUGGAGGGUGGUGGAGCUAAUUUUUCAGUUGGGCAGAAACAGCUCAUUUGUUUGGCCAGAGCUGUGUUGCAUAAUUGCAAGAUUCUAUGUAUUGAUGAAGCAACAGCGAACGUUGACCAAGAAACCGACCGCCAAAUCCAAAUAACCCUACGUUCUGCCUUCAGGAAAAGUACAGUGAUAACAAUCGCCCACCGCCUACAAACAAUCAUGGACUCUGACAGGGUUUUGGUACUGCAAGACGGCGAAAUUGUAGAAUUUGACAGUCCCGAUAGUUUGUUAAACAAUAGCGAAAGCCAUUUUUCUCAGCUAGUUAAUCAAGACUAA